GUUUAACCUGUCGUGACAUAAACGUAACCGUAUAAUUUCUUGCCAUAUUAUUUUUUUACUAUUUUUUUCCAAAGAAAACUUCUGGCUUACACCUUAAAUUUGUUGUAGAAAUCGACAAAAGGUCAAAAGACCAAUUGAAAUUUCCCUUUGUUCUUGUUUUCUUUUAUCCUUUCUUACUCCAUGGACGUCUUAUCUAUCAAUCAGGAAGUGUAUAUCAAAAGAUCCGAUGGUCGUGUUCAUUUGGCUAGUAUUAUCAAACUGGAUGGCGGCUCAAAUAAUAUAGUUACUGUAGAAUGGUCCGAGGGCAGUGCCAUACAGGGCAAAGAGUUGCCCAUUGAGUCGAUUGUGAAGCUAAAUCCACAGAUUUAUGAGGCCCCCCUGUGCAGCACAGCCUCGAUAUCUCCCAGAGCUACGCCAAAAUGUCCUCUUGCCUUGGCCCGCCUAAAGGCUGGUGGCAGCUCAUUCGCCCCACGGCGUUUGGCGCCGCGAGUUGUGACCGCCAUGCCCAGGCAAUUGCCUCGCGAUGAUGUAGUCUUGGAUCAGAUUGAUCACCUGAGGCAGCAGCGUGAGAAGCGUCGCCAACAGCAAGCUUUGGCCAGGGAUAUGCGCGAGAAGCAAAAGAACGAAGAUCCUGGUAAUCCACAUUGGGAAUUGGCCAGAAUGAUACGCUUACACCGGUUGCAAAUGGAUUUUCAUCCACUACGCUUGGGUAUACGAGGACAACUCAAACAGCAUCAGAUUGUUGUGUGUGUUAGAAAGCGUCCAUUGAAUCGCAGGGAGCAAAGGGAAAGGGAGCUCGAUGUCAUCACUGUGCCCACGAAGGAUUCUCUGGUUGUGCAUGAACCGCGUAAACAUGUCAAUUUGGUCAAGUUUCUGGAGAAUCACAACUUUCGCUUUGAUUAUACGUUCAAUGAGGAGUGCUCCAAUGCCAUGGUCUAUGAGUAUACGGCUCGCCCAUUGGUCCGUCAUGUCUUUGAGGGGGGAAUGGCUACUUGUUUCGCCUAUGGCCAGACUGGCAGUGGCAAGACACAUACAAUGGGUGGCCAAUUCACUGGCAAGCAACAGAAUCCUCGGGAUGGCAUCUAUGCCAUGGCAGCCGUUGAUGUCUUUGAUAAUUUGCGACAGACCAAAUAUGUUCGUUUGGGUCUAACAGUUACCUGUUGUUUCUUUGAGAUCUAUGGCUCAAGGGUAUACGAUUUGCUUAUGCCAGGAAAACCACAAUUGCGAGUCCUUGAAGAUGGUCAUCAGGUCGUACAAGUUGUCGGUCUCACCGAAAAGGCAGUCAAGGCUACCAGCGAUGUUUUGACCCUCUUGGAAUUGGGAAAUACUGUACGCACUUCGGGACAAACAUCAGCCAAUGCCAAGUCAUCACGCUCCCAUGCUGUUUUCCAGAUAGUUUUACGCUACACUAAAAAUAAUCGUCUUCAUGGUAAAUUUUCACUCAUCGAUUUGGCGGGAAACGAGCGAGGAGCCGACAAUAGCUCAGCGGAUCGUCUAACCCGCUUGGAGGCAGCUGAAAUCAAUAAAUCACUGCUGGCCCUCAAGGAAUGCAUUCGUGCAUUGGGUCGUCAAUCCGCUCAUGUGCCCUUCCGUGGCUCGAAGCUAACUCAAGUGCUGCGGGACUCCUUUAUUGGUGGCGUCAAAGUCAAGACUUGCAUGAUAGCCAUGAUCUCUCCUGGAUUGAAUUCUGUUGAGCAUACUCUCAAUACUUUGCGCUAUGCAGAUCGUGUCAAAGAACUCACGGCCCAACCCCCUUCUCCCAAGAGACCAGCCACGGAUCAUGUGGUUUCACUCUACUACGAUGAGGAGAGCAAUGGCCUAUGGAGCCACAGAAAUUCUCUGCCUGACUUGACCGCAUCUCAAACAGCAUUGAGACCAGGACCAUCUGCCACAUCUUUGCCAGAAGAUGGAGAUGCCAGUGCAUCUAAUGGUAUAUACAGUGUAUGGAACUCACAUAAAUGUCAUCGCAACCAAGAGGAUGAUAACUUGGCCUAUUUCAAUGCUGUCACCGAUAACUAUCAUCUAACCGAGGAGGCAAAGAAGCAGGAGGGAACAGCAGCCAAGAACAAACCAAAGUAAGAGUUUCUUCUUUUCGAUUUCUACAACAAAUAAUCUAUUAGGUGGUCCACUCCACAAUUAGACAACCACUUUCAGACACAUCCAGACAUAUCAUUUUACACAUUGUACUCGACUCAAAAUUGACAAUCUUUAAAAGUAAUGGAAUAAAAAUUUGUAUUGUGUGUGAAGAAA